GUCCCGUUGCCCGGCAACCGAGGGGCCGCACCUGACUGUUGGCGGCUGCGCCUCUUACCCUGCCUGACCACGGCUGGGCUGAGCCCCGCGCUGGGGCCACCUGGGUUCUUGGACUGUGGCUGCAGGAUGGGGAUUUUGUUGAUGGAGUUUUAUUUUCUUCACUUUAUAUUCUAUUUUGCUUAUCGGAGGGAAAGAGAUACGCUUCUGAAGAUGGGGGGAAGUUUAUAAAAGUUUGUAACUUUCUGAAAAGUAAAGAAUUCCACCUUAGCCUGAUUUCGUCGCCUCGGGACUUCCUUAUCCUGUUUGUGGGACACUCGGGUGACUUGUUUUCCCAUUCCUCCUCGCACAGAAACCCUUCUGGGGAGGUUCUGUGUAGCUGGAACUUGGGAGUCAGGGAGGAAUUUCUGGAACUCCUGGAAAAGUAGAAGAUUCUGGAAAAGCCUGAGAGAUUUCCAAGAUGACCAAGGUGCCAGCCACCAAAAAGAUUCAGAGUUCCCCCAGCUCGGGGGCCGUGUGGACCUGUUAUGACUCAGACCCUCUGACCCAGGUUCCGGGCAAAUCAAUGAAGAACAUCAAGUACAUGAACAAGGAAAUAAUAAACAUCAAAAAGGACCUCAUGCGAAGCCGCUCCCUGAUCCAGGCGGUGAAGAUGGGCCGCGGCUACUUCACCAUCCUGAGGGAGGAGAGCAGCUUGAAGAAGGAGCAGCUGCAACUCCAGAAGCUGGAGGAGGAAGAGAGAGAUAAAUUCCAGCCGGCCAAGAAGGUCUCCGAGAUCCAGUUAGGGGACUCGUUGUUGGUCAUCUACGAGGAUGAGAAGAAGUCGGGGACCAACAUCAUCUUCCGCCCGUUCACCCCCACGCGCAGCUGCCUCUUCCUGCCCUCGCUGCCCGAGGCUCACGUAGAGCCCCUGUUCCGCCAGCUCUGCGCCCUGCACUGGCUUUUGGAGUCCCUGACCAUCGACCACACCCACCACACCAUGAAGUCGGUGACCACCUGCUGGAAUUUCAAGGACCCGGGGGGAAGCAAGAGCUCCAUAAAAAAAAUCAAUAAGGACAAGUCCAUGGCCCAGAGGUGGGAGCACUUCGUCGCCACACCAAAGACCAAGAAAUUCAAAAUCCCCGUCAUCCGGGCCGUGAGCCGCAGGCUGAGCCGCCGGGGCUCCACCACCAGCCUGUCCCGCACCAGCGGCGCGUCCUCCCCGCAGAGCAGCAUGGUCUCCAUGAACCCCGGCUCCGACGAGCCCCCGAGCGUGGCCACCCAGGUGACCGGCAGCAAAGACGUCGAGGACAACGAGUCCUCUUCCACCAAGCCCGACGAGGAGCCCCUGCACCUCAAUUUGCAAAAGCUCCUGGAGAUGGUUCGAGAAGACGCCCGGAGGACCGUCAUGAUGGAGAACGAGAUGCAGAGGAAAGCCCCCAGCCUCUUGUCAGUGCUCAGACAGACCAAGAGCGACUCUGCCUUCAGGGAGGGGCAGGCCACCCACAAAUCCAGUGAGAGAUCGAGCUCCACCAGCGGGGAAAGCCACACCCAGAUAAUCCAGAAGAAGGUGAAAGGGCGCCAGGAAGAGAGAGGACUCCAGAAGUUCAAUUCUUUUGGCCGUGCCUCCACUUUUCAAAAGGACAUGUCCAAGAUGCGACAUCAGAUCUCCCUGGUCAAAGGAGACGCACAGGAAAUUGCAGACCAUUGGUACUUUGACCUGUUGUCCAAACUCCCUGAGGAUCUGAAGAGCUUCCGCCCCGCCAAGAAGAUCCUGGCCAAACUGCAGAAGUUUGGGGAGAACCUCGACCUCAGGAUCCGGCCCCACGUCCUCCUGAAGGUGCUACAGGAGCUGAGAAUCUGGGAACUGUGCUCCCCAGACGUCGCUGUGGCUAUUGAGUUUGUGCGAGAACACAUCGUCCACAUGCCUCAAGAAGACUACAUCAGCUGGCUGCAGAGCCGGGUCAACCUACCCCUCAGGCCGCAGAACGCCAUAAUGGAGUCUAGGCCUGCAGUGACCAACGGUCCCAGCGUCUGAGGCCAAGCCCAAGCCGUGUCCCUACAUCCCUAGAACUUGGCGCUUGCUUCCUCCUGCCCUCAUGGGUGCUUGUUAAGUGAGAUCAUCGGACGACUGGCCUCCGACACCCUUCUAGAGUGAGAUUCCCACCCCAGUCCCCGGCCCCAACCUCCAGUCUGAUUCUAUCUACUUCUUCUCCAGAUUCCUUCCCCGGCGCUAUUCCUUGUCCACAAAUUUGGGAUAAUAAAAUUGACCUGGGUCUUUGAUGUCUGAA